GAUGUGAGAUGGCAAAGGAUUACGUGCUGAUCGCCGCAUCCAUGGCGGCGCUGGUGGCGAUCUCCGCCGUCAUGCUGGCCUGCUCCAACCGCCGGCGACGGCGGCGGCGGCGGUCACCGUCGCAGCGGAGCAUCGACGACGUGGAGCUCGGCCGGGCGGCGGGGCUGGACGAGGCCGUCCUGGCGGAGUACCCGACGACGGUGUACAGCUGCUCGUCGUCGUCGGCGGCGGUGCCGGAGGAGGCGGCGGCGGCGGCGGUUGAUGCCGGCGAUGGCACGGGGUGCGCGGUGUGCCUGGCUGAGUACGAGGACGGCGACGAGCUCCGGCGGCUGCCGGGCUGCGGCCACGCGUUCCACCGGCGGUGCGUCGACGAGUGGCUGCGGCGUCGGCCCACCUGCCCGGUCUGCCGGUCGUCACCGCCGGCGAGGGGCGCUGCCGCCGCCGCCGCCGCUGCCGGUGGUCCAUCGUGACAGCGUCCGGCCAAUGCCCAAUGGAGUUUAAUUUGUUUGUGGCCAUGCAUUGCUGCAAAAUGCAGCACGGAGAAAAUGCUUUUUUAACUUCGCCAUCGAUCGUGAAAAUGCUUUAGAGUAGAUGAUAUGUACUCCCUCCGUCCCACAAUAUAAGGGAUUUUAAAUUUUUGCUUAUAACAUUUGACCACUCAUCUUAUUUAAUUUUUUUUUACAAAUAUAAAAAACGAAAAGUUGUGCUUAAAGUA